AUGUCUUCUGAGGCUACGAAUAUGGCCGCUGAACUGCGUGUAGAGGAGAAUCGAAACGCGUCUCGGCGACAUAUAGCGGGCGUCACAUUACCGGAUAAGCGGACCGUGACUGCAAACGCGGGCAUAUGUGAGGUCUUUCGGGAUUACUUUCAGGAUCUUUUCACCAGGGAGCCCGGUCUGAGCUCUGCUCAGUUCGACGCCUAUUUAGCUAACUUUCCCUGCCUCUCGGCAGCUGAAGUGGCUCGGUGCGAGGGUCCCAUAACAGAGUCGGAAAUCUGGGAAGCGCUGAAGCAGGUUGGCCUGGAUAAGUCUCCGGGAUUAGAUGGUCUUCCCUACGAAGUUUACUUGAGGUUGUCGCACGUUUUUGUUCCUUUGCUGGAACUGAUGUACAACCACUGGAUGAGGCAGGGGUCUUUACCUCAACGCUUCACCAGGGGUGUCAUCAAGUUGCUGCGUAAGGACAAGGACGGUGGGGAUGGGUUAGGGAACUUUUGCCCUUUAACGAUGUUAAAUACUGACUUAAAGAUUUUGGCGAAGAUCUUAGCCAACCGUUUGCAGCUUGUCCUGUCUAGUCUGAUUGGCCCUGAACAGACUUGUGCUGUGAAGGGCAGGACUAUUCAGGAUAACAUUCAUAUGGCACGCUUAAUCUUAGAACAAGUCGACAGUGAAGCCGCGCUGAUCAAUUUAGAUCAGUCCAAGACCUUCGAUAGGGUUGACCAUCGAUUUCUGGAGGCUGUCCUUUCGGAGGCCGGUUUCGGAGCCGACUUUCGCUCCUGGAUCCGACUCUUGUAUGCGACCCCCGGUGCGCUGGUGGAAUUGAAUGGGGUAAGAUCGAAGCCUUUCGUAUUGUCUCGCUCCAUUCGUCAAGGUUGUCCGCUAUCGCCUCUGCUUUACGUUCUUGCGUUGGAACCAUUCCUUCGCAAGUUAAAGGCGAAUCCGGUCCUACGCGGAAUUUCGCUGCCUGGUGCUUCCACCUCGGCCAGGUACUCUUCCUAUGCUGACGACGUUUCGGUUCUUGUGUCGAGCAGAGCCGAGAUUAACGAAGUCAGUAAGCAGAUCAGUGGGUAUGAGAUGGUGACAGGGGCCAAGAUCAACCGCGAUAAGUCUGUGGGCUUGCGGUUGGGUGCGUGGAAGGGAGUUUCUCUUCCCGGACCUUUCCUCUGGACGGAUGGGCCGAUCAAGAUACUCGGCGUCUGGUUCGGUCCUGGAGUUGAAAUGAAUUGGUCGGAGGUACAAGGGCGGGCCGAGGCCGCGGGUAAUCUGUGGUCUCGGAGGAGACUUUCCUGA